GAUGUGUGCGCGUGUGCGCGUGUGUGUCGUCAUGGUGCGGCAUCAGUCCGCUGAGUCAGGGUCUGCGCCGGGAAACCGCUGCUGCGAACUGCACCAAAGUCCCUGAGAAAAAGAAAACAAUUAAGAGAAAAGAUGAUCAGAGGGAAUAAUCAGUGAUUAAUUAGAGAUUAAUCAGUGAUCAGGGAGAGUCACUCCAGCGGACGGGAAUGGGUUAAUUACAUUAAAUCUGGGCGGGGUUCCAGUCUCAAUACCUUCGUUUACAUUGCUGCUUGGGCUUAAUUAAUGAAACAGACCAAAAAAUCACACGACAAACCAGACUCCAUGGUCAGCGAGUCUCAGCAGGAUCGAGUGCAUCUCCUCUCAGAGAAGAGGAAGUGGUUGACAGAGAUCGAGAACAAGAAGCGUCAGCUGGAAGACGACAAGAGAGCACUGCAGCACCUGAAGUCCAAGGCGCUGCGGGAGCGCUGGUUGCUGGACGGAGCGCCCUCAGCGGGACCGGAGCAGGACGCCGUAAGGACCCAGCUGAAGCAGGACGAGACCAGGACCCGGAGCCUGGAGGACAACAUCAACAGGUUGGAGGAGGAGCUGCUCAGUCUGGAAACUGGAAGCGUGUGUCAGACCACAACAAACACUGUUGUGUGUCCAGGAUCGGUUGAAGCUGUCGGGGUCAAAGAUCAGCCGGAGCUGAUGGCGGCUCAGAUCGCUCCAGAAUCCUUUGCAGAGGUCAGAGCUCCUAAAAGCCCCCGAGUGAACGGAGCAAGCGAGGAGAUGAAGAGAGCAAUGUACUCUGUGGAGAUUAAGGUGGAGCGGGACCGGCUGACGGGGGAAACCCGGGUUUUGUCCACUAACACCUCACUUCCUGUUGACCUCUCUCACCACGGAGGGGUCAAAGUGUACGAGGACGAGAGGAAAGUCGUCCACGAGAUGAACGGUGAAGACGGCGUGCAGCUGCUUAGCGUCUCCGAGGUCGAGGACCUCAUCCACAAAGCCGACGAGGCCUCCGUGACGUCGCAGACCGUUGCCACGGUGACGUCUCUCCCUACAGCCGAGGCGGCGGCGGUAUCGAGCCCCGACGCCCCCCCGCCGGCAGAGAUCAGGGGGCUGCGGGCCGAGCCUGGCGCCGAGCCGGGCCCGGUGGACGCCACCGCCGCGGCACCGCUCACCAUGGUGUUCAUGGGGUACCAGAGCGUGGAGGACGAGGACGAGACCAAGAAGGUGUUCGGUCUGGUUGGCACGGUGACGGCCGAGCGCGUGCUCAUCCACGACGACACCGCAAGCGAGGAAACGUCAACAAGCGCCGCGCAGGAAGCUCCGCCUCCGCACGGCAACAACAAGCCCACGGAGACGGUCGCCGCACCGGUGGGAAACGGGAAGGAAGAGAGGGAAGGGAAGGAGGGGAAGGAAGAGAGGGAGGGGAAGGAAGGGAAGGAAGAGAGGGAAGGGAAGGAGGGGAAGGAAGGGAAGGAAGAGAGGGGGGGGAAGGAAGGGAAGGAAGGGAAGGAAGUAGAGGAGGAAAUGAAGAAGGAAAAGAAGCCAUGUAAGUGCUGCAGCAUCAUGUGAUUCGAG